AAAAUAAUCCCUUUCCUGAAAUGACUGAAGAAAAUAAGUAUGAUGGUCUAUUUAUGACAAUUAUGUAGUAAACAAAAGAUAUUAAUGUAUUCUUUGAUGCUGCAUUCGGAUUUUUGAGGUAAAUUCAAUUUUGUAUUUUCAAAGACGACACACUGACUUUUUCUUAGAUGAAAAAUCAGCAGAAAAAGUUAUCACAACAUCCUGUGCUAAAAACUUCUAAAUCUUUUAAUCAGAAAAAGUUGACAAGGACAAGAAGGAAGAAUAAAGAAAAUAAAGAGAAGAAUAAAGAAAAAGAGAAAAAGAGGCUGCUGAAAAAGCUAAGAAAGAAGCAGAAAGGAUAUAAUAAGAAUAAUUGCUAUAAUAAUAACAAGAAAAAUUGGCUUAACAAAAAUAAUAAUAAUAGCAAUAACAAUAACAAUAGCAAUAAUAAGAGUAAUUAGAUCCAUCAGUUCCAUUGUACUAACCAGUUUUGAAAGUGCCUGAAUAGAAGCCAUAAGAACCCGAAAAGAAAGAGGUAGAAGGUGAAGCAAAAGAUGGAGAGAAGAAGGAUGACAACGAAAAACCACCUGUAGGUAAUGGAGGAAGAACAGAGAGAUACAUUUGGACCCAAACCCUUGAAGAGGUUUAGGUCUAUAUUCCUAUUCCCUCAACCGUUACAAGCAAAUAAUUAACAGUGAAAAUUGAAGCCUCCUCAUUAUUAGUUGGACUAAAGGGUAUUGAUAUUAAUCAAUUUUACUUUUAGGUUAACCUCCUAUUAUCAAUGGAUAAUUGUUUGAAAAGAUUCAAUCUGAUGAAUCAACUUGGCUAUUAACAGACGGUGAAAUUUAGGAUUACAAAGGAAAGUAUAUUCACAUUUCAAUUGCAAAAUACUCUGGCUAAAUGAAUUGGUGGGCAUGUGUUAUCAAAGGUAAAUUUCAAAAAUUAACAUUAAGGUGAUCUUCAAAUCAAUACUCAGAAAAUUAGUCCAGAGCCAUCCUAAUUAUCUGAUUUGGAUGGAGACACUAGAGGAACUGUUGAAAAGAUGAUGUUUGAUAUGAGACAAAAACAAAUGGGUAAACCUACAAGCGAUGAGCUGUAAAAGUAGAAUAAGUUAUCUGACUUUAUGAAAGCUCACCCAGAAAUGGAUUUUUCAAAGUGCAAGUUCAAUUGAGAUAUUAAUAACCAGAUCAAUAUUAAAUUAUGAAUCUCUAAGAAGGC